AGCAGGAUAUGAAAGUCAAAGGUGGUCGAAAGGAAGUAUUGUGAACCGAGGAAAAUAAAAGUUUCGAACUUUGGGUUGAACUUUUGUACCAUUACUUUACACACAUAUUUAAUUUUCAUUAUAUAUACAUUCUCAACGGAGCAGAUUAUCUGUAGAUUAGAUGUGGCCUAAUGCAUACAAGCAGAGCACGGAAGCAAAUAUUGUUACGUGAUUAACCGAAAAUGACCACAGUGGACAAUAAAACUAAGAUGCUUCUCUCCAACAUCAACUCUAACAAUACUUCUGUGAUCCAUUUGGAUGUUUCUGAAGUAAAGAUUGUAACUGACAGUGACCAUGAUGAUUCAGUGGGAGACAAUUUAGAAGCAGAAAUCAGUAAAUUGGAAGCAACUAUACGUGACUUAGAAACAGAUAAUAACUUUCCAGACAUAGAUAGCUGUGCAUAUGAGUUAGAAGAAGAUGAAAUAUUAAAUCCUGCUAUAUACAAUUCUGAUGAUGCUUCUAACACCAUUUUGAAUACUGUAAGCCACAAGGAACAGGAUGAACCAAAUAAAAAAAUGCUUCUCUCCAACAUCAACUCUAACAAUACUUCUGUGAUCCAUUUGGAUGUUUCUGAAGUAAAGAUUGUAACUGACAGUGACCAUGAUGAUUCAGUGGGAGACAAUUUAGAAGCAGAAAUCAGUAAAUUGGAAGCAACUAUACGUGACUUAGAAACAGAUAAUGACUUUCCAGACAUAGAUAGCUGUGCAUAUGAGUUAGAAGAAGAUGAAAUAUUAAAUCCUGUUAUAUACAAUUCUGAUGAUGCUUCUAACACCAUUUUGAAUACUGUAAGCCACAAGGAAGAGGACGAACCAAAUACUUCUAUUACUUUAGAAGGAAUUUUAGAACCUUCUGAAACAUUAGAAGUUAGUGAUUUAAGAUAUUCUUCAGAACCUAGAACAGCCUCUUUUCAGAAAUCUUCAGUUGAACACCAAAAAUUUGAAAGAAGCAUCAAAGCAGAUGUUACCCUCUUACAAGAACUAAAAAUUCAUAAUGAAGAUAUGACUAAUUCCAUAAAGUCUGUGAUAAUUUCAAAUAAUUGUGAUGAAGUGUCCCUUAGAUCACAAGAUUGUGAGCUUAGUACAAAUGAUGCUAUGGUACAUUUAAAUUCAGUUAAUAAAUCUGGUAUGGAAUUUUCAUGUACAACUCACCAUGGCACAAAUGCUGAGAAAAACAAAACUUGUUCUCUUCUCAUGAAUAAAAACAGUAACAGUGCUGUAGCAAGAAAUUCAUCAUUUGAGAAUGGAAAUGACAAUGUGCCUCAGGAAUCACACUUGCAGGUAGAUGCAUCAGAAUUUGAAGAUGAGCUGUCAUAUCCUGAAGAUGCUGAAGUUGAUGACAGUAAUGAUGUUACUUGCCGUUCUGAUGUAAUUGAAGAUAGUGAACCCAUGAUUUCAAGUACACCACUAAGGAUCAAAACUGGGACCCUGAAACGAUGGAAACCAGUAUUCUUACGUUGUGAAGAAAGUUUUCUAGUUUUAGACGAGUUUGGAGAAUCCAGUGACCAGGACGGGUCUCUAUGUAGCUACAUCAAUUCAUCAGUGCAGAAUAUGUCAAUUGAGAGUGUUGCUGCUACACACAGCACAGAACCUACAUGUUUUACACAUAAUAGCUUGUUUCUCAAAGUAAAGGAAGACAGUAGUAUAGAUGAUGUAAACGUAAAAGGCAGUAAUAAUAUGAAGCAAAUAAAAGUUGCACUUGAUGAUGCCAGGGAUCAGAAAAUUGUUGUAAAGGUGGGUGAUGAAGCAAUUGACGAUUGCUUACGAUUAUCAUCUUGUGCAGGGCCACUGCCAGUCUUGGCAAAUGCCACUCCUGUUCAGGGCCAUGGAAUACAAGAAAUUGUUCCUGUGAUGAAAGCCAAAAACACAGACAAAGUGAACUGGGAAACCAGAGACUUUGAAUCUUUGGCCAACUUGUGUAUUGAUCAGGUAAACUCAGGCAGUAAAGCAGUUACGAGAACAGUCACAGACUUUGGUGGGAACAGUACCAAUAAUAUACCUGAAGGAAACACGUUGGUUUCAAGUUCCCUAUCUGACAGGGUGGAACAAAAUUUACUGGAUCAGAAACAAAACAUAACAUCAAAAGUUAAUGAAGAUUAUGUCAGUAAUAAUCCUCAAGAAAAUUAUGACAAUAACAAUCCAGAUUGGGAACUACUCCGUAAAUUAGAAACAGAUGAGGAACGGUAUCGUGCAAUGAGACAGCGUUGGAGAAAUCUUACUACUCCAAAUCCAAACCAAGAUUUGACAUACCGUAAUUGGAGGAUUCAUCAGAAAGCUAAUAAACUGACAAAAUCUGCUGCUCAAACAAGUAACUAUGCCAUCAUUCAGCAGACACGUGCAAGUGAUAGUGGUGCCUCUGUUAGCAUGCAGGACCACCAUAAAAGAACUCUAUCUGAUGAACAGGCAAGCAUUGACCAUCAACCCAGAAUGAAACAUUCCCGAACUCAGUCCUGUACAGCUGUAUAUGACAAAAAAUUGGAACAACUUCGAAAAAACAUACAGCAUGAGAAGCAGCAAAUUUAUGAUCAAGAACAUGCUGCCCUUAUACGGCUAAAUAUGAAACAAACCCAGGAGAUGAAUUAUUUGCAGAAUUUCUGUCGCACAUAUGGCAACAUUGAACAGAUUCGCUGGUUGUAUUACCAACAGAAGUGGGAUGUGGAACAGGUCCAGAAGAAAUUUGAUGAAGCACGUCUUGCUGUUGAUAGAGCAAACUUAAGUCAAGUUCAGAUUCUGGAAAAAGCAUGUGAAGAAGUGCAAGCAUUUCACAAGUUUUACCAAGGAUUGGAUCAUGACUCUGAUGCAGAUGCUUUGUUCCUUUCAGAAUCACAGUUGGAAGAAUUAUGGGAAACAGAACGUCUCUAUGAUCAGUAUGGCAAAUUUUAUUCUGCUUAAGGACAUCAUAAUAACAAAGCACAAAUGUCUUUGUAUGCCACUGUCAGUUCUCUCUUAUGUGCACUUAAUCUUUUAACAGUGAUGGCUGAUAUAUAUUUACAUUUUCUUAAACACAAAUCAAUGCAUUAUGCCACAUCCUAUUGAACAUGGGACUCAUGUUCAGUAAGAUAUAUGGCAUGACAAUUCAUUAUGUUCAAGUAGUGUAUUGUACCACCCGAGGAUGACCCAACAGUAGGCUCAAAAUAUGUAAUGGAUUAAAUACAUGUUAAUACCAGAAAUAUGAAUUGACGGUCUUCAGUAGAAUUUCUACUAAGACUGAUAAACUUGAACAUCUUAAAGUACUGGCCAUUUUGAGAGCUCAAGUUUGUACAUACCUACUUGCAUAAUUAUAGGAUGGCUUCUUACUAAUCAUUUCAGUUGUCUUCUGCCACUCACACAGUACUUUACAGUUCAUAUACAGCAGGAUAUUUAGCACUUCCUCACUUAGCAGUCAGCAUGCAGGGAGUAGCCAGUAAGGUCACAGCAUGCUCCCAGAUAAGCUAAUGAAGGUUCACAUACUUUAUUUACUAUGAUAUUAGGGUAGCUGCUGAAAGUGAUGUACUCAAACAUAUGUGCACAUUUCACAGUGACAGUACUUUUGAGACAUUCUGAAAAUUAUAUAUGAUUUCUAGAAUAAUAUUUUGGAUAUUGAUGUGUAAGGUCUCCAAGUGUAUUACUCCUGUAGACUUUGUCUUUCAAAUUUCCAUUGAAAGAAUCACAAAUAUUCAAGUCUGAGGAUCAUCCUCUAUUGAUUAUUCAUUCAUUGAACAUACUUCAUUGUUCCAACACUGAAUAUUUUAUUGUGUUUGCUUGUAAGGUGUUCUUGCUGAAAAUAUGCUUAGCUUUUUCUUUUUCAGUUAAUUCUUCAAAGGGCUCCAGAAUAUUAUUCACUUAAUGCUCCAAAUUAACAGUAUCAUGAAAGAAUGUGGGACCUAUGAUUCUUUUAGCAUUUUUACCUUUUCAUUCUGGAAUGGGAUCUGAUGAAUAGCAUGAUGAUUAUAAUAUGAUUUCUUUCUAAUAAAAUUCUGAAAAAGAAACAUGUGCACAUUGUGGUUGGACACAUACGAACAGAAUGCUCACAGCUGAUUGGUUGGUUACAGAGCUAAUGAUCAGGGACUGCACUGCACACAUUAUCUUAUAACAAACUGAGU